CACACUUCUUUUUCAGGCCAAAGAAGCACACACCAUGGGGAUUGUCUGCCGCAAGUGACAGUCCGCGAUUUCAUGAAACUUUUGAAGAAAGUGGAACCAUAUUUCCAGCCUAUUUUUUUCGGUUGGUUAACGAUACAGCGUUUUUUUUCAUAUUGGUAUCAAUAUAUCCCGAGAGGCGCGGCUCAGUGCUGUCACGUUAGCUUGUAGGUGAAGUUAUUUCCAGUGCAGACGACUUCACAAGUGGAGGAAACGACGCAAGAUGUACCAUGAAGAAACCGCAGCUCUACAAAAGCCACGCUAUGGAACCAUCCAGGACGACGAGAGGCUGUCGGCGGAGGAGAUGGAUGAGAGGAGACGACAGAACAUCGCCUACGAGUACCUGUGUCACCUGGAGGAGGCCAAACGGUGGAUGGAGGCCUGCCUCGAGGAGGACUUGCCCAAUACCACAGAGCUGGAGGGGGGUCUGAGGAACGGCGUCUACCUGGGCAAACUUGCCAACUUUUUUGCCCCAAAAAUGGUGUCUGUGAAAAGGAUCUACGACAGAGAUCAGGCCCGCUACAAGAGCAACGGGCUACACUUCCGGCACACAGACAACACCGUGCAGUGGCUCAGAGCCAUGGAGUCCGUAGGUCUCCCAAAGAUUUUCUAUCCUGAAACGACAGAUGUGUACGAUCGCAAAAACAUGCCAAAGGUGGUGUACUGCAUACACGCACUCAGCUUGUACCUGUACAAACUGGGCAUUGCACCACAGAUCCAGGACCUGCUGGGGAAAGUGGCCUUUACAGAGGAAGAGAUUAGUAACAUGAGGAGUGAGCUGGAGAAGUAUGGCAUUCAAAUGCCAGCUUUCAGUAAGAUUGGAGGAAUCCUGGCCAAUGAGCUCUCAGUGGACGAAGCUGCCCUGCAUGCUGCUGUGAUCGCCAUCAACGAUGCGGUUGACAGAGGUCAGACGUCUGUGACGAUGGGAGCCCUUAAUAAUCCUAACGCCAUGCUGAAGAACAUCAAGGAAGCUCUGGCCCAAGAAUACCAGGACGCUCUGAGCCAGGCCAAGGCUCGUAAGCAGGAGCAGUCCUCUGGGAGGCGCUCCUCCGUUGCUACUGAAGAAAGAGAUGUGUAUGAGGAGCUUCUGACUCACCAGGAAAUCCAGGGCUCCAUUGACUUUGUGAACAUGCAGGCAGCAGUGAGACAGGUGAAUGAAGCCGUGUCGGCCCAGGACGAGGCUGCUCUGUUGGGUGCUCUCAGACUGGAAGCUCUGGUCCUGCUGGGUGUUCAGGAGUCAAACUGCAGCUGGUACCUCGAGCACUUUACCACCUACUGCCAACAUAAAUCCAAGGAUGAAGGGAAGGCUGUGGUGGUGGACAGAGAGGAGAUUCAGAGAGUGGUCACCUCUUGUAAUGACUUUGCUGAGGCCGAGAAACGAAAACUCGAGGCGGUUGCAUCGAUCAAUACAGCCAUUCGUCUCGGCAAUGCAGCGGAGACAGCAGAGGAGCUGACGAACCCUGAAGCACAACUGCCGAUCGUCUACCAAACAGCUGCCAACCUCUACCAGGCUGAGCUUUUCAGUUUGCAGCUACAAGGCGCGCGGUCUGGCCUGAGCCACGAGGAGCUGAGUGUAGCUGUGGAGAUGCUGUCAGCGGUAGCGGUGCUGAAUGAGGUGCUGGACACCAAAGACCCCCAGGCUGUGAUCGAGCAACUAUCAGACUCCCCCCUGGGCUUCACCAACAUGGACCAGGAAAACCUCAACAGGUAUGCAGACACUCUUAUCCAGCUGCGGGGCGACGCUCUUGCCAAAGGCCAGGAGUUUCUCACCUGGAAUGAUGUUCAGAAAUGCAUCGACACCGUCAACGUUCAGGUCCAUGAGGAGCAUGAGCGUAUCAUAGCUAUAGCCGAGAUCAAUGAAGCUCUUAACUCCGGUAAUCAUCAGCAGACGCUCGCCGCCCUGCUCCUCCCUACAGCCAAGUUAACAGGGGUGAAUCCAGCCACAGCCAAACACUACCAUGAUGUCCUACAAUACACCAAGCAACUCCUCUGCCAGAGCUCUGGAGAUGAGUCUGCAGUUCUGUGGCUGGACCAAAUCCAAGAGGCCAUAAACACAGCCAAUCAGGAUGAAGAGGCGGCUCUCACAUUGGCUGGAGCAGUGGCUGAUAUUAACAGGGCUGUGGCCGAGGGGGACUCUCAGAAUACACUGCAGGCUCUGCAGGUUCCCAGUGCCGGACUGAGAGCGGUGCUCCCUGAAUGUGCCGAGACAUACCAGGUGGAACUGGCUGAAAGACAAACAAAGAGUGAUGAUAAAGGUAGCACUGAUAGUGUGUGGGUAAAGCAUUGCAUCAACGACAGAUAUGACUACUACUAUAACCUGGAGAGUGGGCAGGGCAGCUGGGAGGAGCCUGAAGGAUUCCAGCACAAUGGUUGCCAGCUCAGUAAAGAGGAAAUUCAGAGUGUUGUCAGCUCUUUGACUGCAGAAUAUAACAGGGAACAGUUAUGGAUGGCCAAUGAAUCCAUGGUGACGCAGCUGCAGGCCAGGGUCAGAGGUUACCUGGUCAGGAAAAGGCAUGCCCGGAGGAUGGAGUAUCUACGGCAUCAAGAACCACACGUCGUCAAGUUGCAGGCCUGCUGGAAAGGUUACAAACAGAGGAAAAUGUACAAAGACAGGAUGAACUUGCUCCAGGAAAAUGUCUCUUCGAUUGUGAAGAUCCAAUCGAUCGUGAAAAUGUGGAAAGCCAAACGUAAAUACAAUCAGAGGUUGCAGUUCUUCAGAGAGCAUGAAAAAGAGAUUGUGAAAAUCCAAGCUUUUCUGAAGGCCAACAAAGCCAGAGACGACUACAGAACCCUCACUGGGGCCAAGGAUCCUCCUCUGUCCGUGGUGCGUAAGUUUGUCCACUUGUUGGAGCAGAGCGCACUGGACCUUCAGGAAGAGCAGGAAGUGACGCGGCUCAGAGAGGAAGUGGUCACCAAUAUUCGCUCCAAUCAGCAAAUGGAGAAGGACUUGAACUUGAUGGACAUAAAGAUCGGACUGCUGGUGAAGAACAGGAUCACUCUGCAGGAUGUUGUGUCCCAUAAUAAGAAAAUGAAGAGCAAGAAAAAUAAAGCGAGUAAGGACGACUUGACUACAGGAGACGGACUGGGUAUCAAGGGUCUAAACAAAGGCAAAAGAAGGAAACUCGAGGCGUACCAACAUCUCUUUUACCUGCUGCAGACCAAUCCACACUACCUAGCCAAGCUGAUAUUCCAGAUGCCCCAAAACAAGUCGACCAAGUUUAUGGACACUGUGGUCUUCACCUUGUACAACUACGCCUCAAACCAGAGAGAAGAAUACCUGCUGCUCAAACUCUUCAAGACGGCUCUGGAGGAGGAAAUUAAUUCUAAGGUGGACCAGAUCCAGGACAUAGUGACGGGGAACCCGACCGUGAUCAAGAUGGUGGUGAGCUUCAACAGAGGCGCACGCGGCCAAAACACGCUGAGGCAGCUGCUGGCUCCAGUGGUCAAAGACAUCAUCGACGACAAGAGUUUAGGCAUCAACACCAACCCAGUGGAUGUGUACAAAGCCUGGGUCAACCAGCUAGAGACGGCGACCGGAGAAGCCAGCAAGCUGCCUUAUGAAGUGACUCCCGAGCAGGCCAUGUCACACGAGGAGGUCCGCAGCCGGCUGGAGGCCUCCAGUCUGGCGCUACGCACGGCUACAGAUAAGGUCUUGAACUCCAUUGUGUCUUCACUGGAUAAUAUCCCUUAUGGCAUGAGAUACAUUGCAAAAGUUCUGAAGAACAGCCUCCAUGAAAAGUUUCCCGAUGCUUCAGAGGAUGAGCUGCUGAAGAUUAUAGGAAACCUGCUGUACUACCGCUACAUGAACCCAGCCAUCGUGGCCCCUGAUGGCUUCGACAUCAUCGACAUGUCAGCAGGAGGGCAGCUUCAUGUGGACCAGCGGCGUAACCUGGGAUCUGUGGCAAAGAUGCUACAGCAUGCUGCUGCCAAUAAGCUGUUUGAGGGCGAGAAUGCACACAUGACGCCAUUGAACAACUACAUAUCUCAGACAUAUGAGAAGUUUAGGGUGUUUUUCCAGUCAGCAUGUGAUGUCCCUGAACCUGAGGAGAAGUUUAAUAUUGAUGAAUACUCCGACAUGGUGACUCUCAGCAAGCCUAUCAUAUACAUCUCAACAGAUGAGAUCAUCAACACGCACUCGCUGCUUUUGGAACAUCUGGAGGCCAUCUCUCCUGACCACAAUGACUUGCUGCACGAAUUGCUGCAGGACCUGGGAGACGUCCCUGAUGUGGAGACAUUGCUCGGUACUGUCAAACACCGUAGUUAUCACAACAGAUCUAUGGUGUGUGCAUCAUUUGACAUGCUGUGCUUCUCUGUUUCAGGUGAAGGAGCUGUAGACCCGAAUGACGUCAACAGAGAGAGCGCUCUGAGCCAGAUGGCCAAGACGGAGAUCUCGCUCACUCUAACCAGCAAGUUUGAGCUCCUGGAAGGAGACGACAGAGACUUGAAGUCUCUGAUGACAAAGACCAAAAAGCUUGUAGUGGAUGUGAUUCGGAUUCAACCUGGAGAGAACUUGCCGGAGAUUCUUGAGACCCCAUCUACUGCACUACAGGAGUCGGAGCACACUAAGAUUGUAGAGCGCAGAGCGGUCCAGGAUGCUCAGACACCAGAAGGUCUGAAGAGCAGCCCUGCAGUCCUGGAGGACAGCCAGCUGCCCCUCGAGCAGAAGAAGAGGAAGAUCCUGAGAAACCUCAGAAACCUGGAGCAGGCCGGACUUCUCACUGACAGCAACAAAUACCAGGACCUCGUCAAUGAGAUAUCAAAGGACAUUCGCUACCAAAGACGCUACAGACAGAGAAGGAAGGCCGAGCUCGUGAAGCUCCAGCAGACUCUGACAGCACUCAACUCAAAAACAGCCUUCUACCAGGACCAGAUGAACUAUUAUGAUACUUACAUCAAGACGUGCCUGGACAACCUCAACCGAAAGAAUGCACGUAGAUCUAUUAAACUGGACGGCAAAGGAGAGAAUAAGGGCAGCAAGAAGUGGAAGCCCCAGUCUCUGAAGUACACUGGAGCCAAGCUUCAUGAGAAGGGAGUCAUACUGGAGAUAGAAGGACUUCAGACGAACCAGUUCAAAAAUGUCAUGUUUGACAUUUCACCUACUGAGGAAGUUGGGGAUUUUGUAGUGAAGGCCAAAUUUAUGGGAGUUGAGAUGGAAAAAGUCCAGCUUCAUUUCCAGGACCUCCUUCAGCUGCAGUACGAAGGCGUGGCCGUCAUGAAGAUGUUCGACAAAGCCAAAGUCAACGUCAAUUUACUCAUCUUUCUCCUAAAUAAAAAGUUCUAUGGAAAAUGACAAAGUGAAGGGGGGAAAAGCAACAAAGAGGAAAGAGGAUACAGAUUGUGCCUUCUGACUGCUGAGUUUGUGGAACAAAAUGAAUUUAUUCAGAUAGCACAAGAUGGGGGCAGGACAGUGUUUUGUACCAUCCUCUUAUAAUUUUAAGGAUCACACCAACAUGAAAUGCUGUUGUCCAACUAAAUGUAUCAAUUCUGUAUUUUUUCAUGUGGUAAUUGUAAAUGUAAUGUAUUUUAAAGAUUUAAAUUGUAAUGAUAUUCAUGUUUUGUAUGUAAAAACUGUCCCCUUGUUCAAACAACUCUCGAUUAGUUCAUGAAUCGAGCUGGGGAGCAGAUUUUCAGCCGGCCUGUACCACUAUAAAACAUACUGUAGUUUACCACCGUGCCUUUAAUUAAAGUGUGUAAAGAAACACGUUUUAAUAAAUAAAACAUCAAAAAGAUUUAAAAGCUACAACUGAUGUAUUUUUCAACUAUGUAUUAUUAAGUGAUUGCUAAUGUCUAAAGGAUUUAAACUUGCAGAAUAAAUGACAAAGGUUUUUUUCAUCAA